ACUGGGCCGACUCGAGCCGAUCCCAAGAACAAGAGAGUCCAUCUGACUCGAGCUCACCAAAGUCCGUCUCGAUACCAGUAUCGAAUACGAUCGAUUUUGCAUAUUGAAACCAUAGUCCUGAUCCGGGCCGAACGCUGCAGAGAACAAUGACUUUUGCAACCGACCGCCGUGAUACCAUCGCCAUCAAGAUCGAGCUCGCCAACCUCCUGGGCGAGAGUGGACCGCAGUACUGGGCAGCGUUCAAAGAAUUCCUCGGCGGCAAGAUCAAGCGAGAAAAGUUUGAUGCCCAAGUCUCAGGGAUCCUCAAAGGGAAAGCUGCGACGCUCCACAACAACCUGAUCAUCGGACUCAUCCACAAUGCCCAGAAGGGCGUGCUCCCUCCCGCGGGACCCAAGUCUGUCGAAUUUGCCCCUGUGCAAAAGUCCAAUGCCGCAUCGAGUCAGGAGACGACCCUGAAGCGACGGCAGACGACCGGAGAUCUGGUCCCCGCUGAAGCACGCAAGAAAAUGCGGAUCGAGCAGAUCAUGUCGUUAUCCCAGAGCGAUCGGCUCCGGUUGAUGCAGCUCAAGGUGGCUCCACGAUUAACAGUCCCGAAGCCUGUCAAGCCAUCCUUUGAGGGUCUCUCCUUUCCACAUGCGUCGUAUUACUGCUGCGAGGACGAAGGCGACAUUCCGUCAAAGGAAGACUUGCGCGAACGGAUGCGCUUGAUCGGGCACUUCAACCAAAUCGCCAACAUCAGCGACGAGUCUGUUGAGAUUCUCUAUAGAGCACUGAGCGACCUCAUGAAGGACACCAUGAGCCUACUGAUGCAGAAGCUCACAACCUCCGAGGACGCAGCAGCGAAUCGCGAGGGCACGGCCGCCUCCAAGCCUGCUGCGGUCGAUGUAAAGAUUGCCGAACCAAAGGCGGAUGCCAAGCCGGGGGAAGCAGAGAACGGAGCCAACUCGAUAGAGCUCGUGGAGAACACCGCAAGCCUCGCAGCGGCAACCGUGACCGAAGAUGCCAUCACAGAGAGCACGAACCCAAGGCGUUCGCCGCAGCUGGCGAAUGGGACAGCUGCGAGUCCAAAGCCCAAGUCGGGGUCUCCCGACUCCAGCCGGAGAGGCCGGUCCGAGUUUGGUGGAUUGCGACCCCCCGACCGAUCGGCAAGCGAGCGGGAGGCCCUCUAUGGGCCGAGCUCACUGCACGACAUCAGAUCGUCCGAUGCCGGAUUUGCCCUGGAGAUGGUUCCGCAUCUACUGACUCGAUCAGCGAGCGGAUACACUCUCCAAGAGAAACUUGGUUGCGGCUGGGACUUGCUCGAGGACGAGAAUAGUCUGCCGCACUCGCAAGCUGUCCCAGAGCAGCGAGAGCUCCGAUAGGGCCAGUGGAGACGGCACAAGACAUGACCCUGCGCCCAUCAUAUACGGACUGCUGCCCCAAAGCCCGAAUACCAGUCUCGGUGGACAACACGAGAUACAGCUGCGAGCAUACA